AAUUAUUAAAAAACUUAGUUAAGGAAACUUCUUUUUGUGAACUUUGAUGGUUCAGAUUUUGAGAAGGAAGAAGAAAGGUGGGUCUGUGAAUGAAAUUUGAAAUCUUCAUUAAUUACUCCAACCCAUGACAAUGACACUGAAAAUUAGAUCUUCUUUGCUCUAAUGUUUAAAAGUAAAAGUCUUUGAUCCAAAUCAAGAAUAUCUCUGUAUAUGUGAAAGUUCAAUUAAACUACUAGUACUAGUACUAGCACUAGACCUGCCUUUCUCUCUCUCUCUCUUUCUCCUUUCUUGUUUGACACUUGAUUUUUAUAGUCCUAGGCUCAACUUUUCUUAUCUCUUUCAAUCCUAGGUCUCAAGCUGUUCUUGCUGUCCCUUUUUUCUUUUACUUAGGGGACCCCUACUACAGAACCUCCCCUUAUAGUCAUUUGAGUUUGUCCCAAGGACCAAAAGCUUGUCCAUGUCUUGAUCGGUUUUGCUUUCUUGAUGUAAAACCCAUCUCAAAAACACCUAUAGAUCUCAUCUUUUUAUUCUUUUUUUACUUGGAUUGGUUUAAAGAGAUUCUUGAUCUGUUUCUCUGUUGUAAAGAUAAUAAAAGGGAAAUUUAGCUGCUGAAUCAUAUCAAUGCAAGGCUGUAUUUGUUAGCUUGAAUGGAAACGUUUAAUGGUUCCAAGAAAGCAUCAAUGCGGAAGCAGCAACAGCAAUCUCUAACAGAUACUACAAGACCGCCUCUUGUCCCAGCGGAGAAGAACAAUGCAGUUGCUGCUUCCGCCACUCGCCGGUCCAGAACAAUGGAAGUCAGUUCAAGAUACAGAUCAUCAACUCCCACUAAAACAAGGAGAUGCACUUCGCCUAACGCCACGAGGACUGUCUCUUCAAGCAGAGCUGUUUCAGCUGAAAGGAAACGCUCCUCAACGCCAACCACUCCCACUCAUCCGUCCACACCGGUUAGUGAUGUACCGGUUUCGUCUAGGAGACUAUCUACUACUUGUCAAGGCUUAUGGCCUUCUACUAUGAGAAGCCUCAGCGUUUCAUUUCAGUCUGAUUCAGUCUCGGUUCCUGUCAGUAAGAAGGAGAAACCACUUGUUUCGAUUGAUCGGACACUGAGACCAUCUUCGAAUAUUACACAUAAACAAAAGAGUGUGACAACAACAACAUCGACGUCUGUGUCAAGAAGUCCAUUGAAAGGGAAGAGUGUAUCAGAGAAUUCAAAACCUGUAGAUGGUGGUACUCAUAGUAGGUUAAUAGAACAGCAUCGAUGGCCUAGUAGAAUCGGUGGAAAGCCUAUGAACAGAAGCUUGGAUCUUGGUGAUAAAGCGGUUAGGAGAAUCCCUAACAAACCUCUACAGAAGUCUUCUAGUGAUACAGCGAGGUUGUUGUCCUGUUAUGAAAGUUGUGGAUUAGCUAUGUCUCCAACAAGCUCAGAAGAUUUAGAGUCUAGACAGAGGCUUUUGUCUGCAAGUCCAUUAGAUAGGGCAACUUCAGCUAGAGUGCAUCCCUUGUCUGCUCCAGGAUCACGCACUGCUUCUCCUAGCAGAUCCUCGUUUUCAUCAUCAUCCUCUAACUCUAGAGGGAUGAGUCCCUUGAGAGGAUUGAGUCCUUCAAGAGGCUCUUGUUUGAGAUCGUCUACACCGCCGAGAGGUGUGAGUCCUUCCCGGAUAAGACAAACCAACACGUGCACACAAUCGAGUACCACCACCACAACAUCGGUUCUUAGUUUCAUCGCUGAUGUCAAGAAAGGAAAAAAGACAACUUACAUUGAAGAUGUUCAUCAGCUCCGCUUGUUAUAUAAUAGAUAUUCGCAGUGGCGGUUCGCAAAUGCUAGAGCUGAGGGUGUAAGAUAUAUUCAGAGGUUAAUUGCUGAGGAAACUCUAUACAAUGUCUGGCAUGCAACAUCGGAGCUGAGAGAUCUUGUGACAACCCAAAGAAUUUGCCUCCAACAGAUGAAGCUAGAAAUGAAGCUUGAUGAUAUCUUAAAUAAGCAGAUGGUUUGCCUUGAAGAUUGGGCCAUACUUGAGAGAGAACAUGUCAGUUCUCUAGCUGGCGCCAUUGCAGACCUGGAAGCAAAUACUCUGCGCCUUCCACUAACCGGAGGAACAAAGGUGGACCUCAGAUCUCUGGAGUUGGCUAUGUCUUCAGCUCUUGAUGUAAUGCAUGCUAUGGGAUCAUCCAUAUGGUCUUUACACUCUCAGAUGGAAGAGGUGACUAGGCUUGUUUCAGAUCUCGCUGUUAUAGCUACAAAGGAGAAUUUUAUGCUUGGCAGAUGUGAAGAUAUCUUGGCAUCAACAGCAAUCAUGGAGGUAGAAGAGAGUAGCCUCAUGACUCAUUUAAUGCAAAAGAAGCAAGAAGAAGAAGAGAUGAUGCUAAGUCUCCCUUGUUGCCAUUAAGCAAGUUUCCAUGGCCAACACUUAACAAUGACUUGUAAAUUGCUUCUUUUUGGCUGCCGUUUUCUUUUGCCACCAUCCUUUCUCCAUUUUUGUCUUUUACUUGUAGGAAGAGGAUGUGAAAUAAACGGUUUAAAGAAAAUCAAUGCAGAAAAUGUAGUUUAAUAUCUUUCAUGUAAGCUCAGUAUUUUCGUCUU